CGCCAUAAUGACAUUUCCGUUAUUAACGCUGGCUACACGCAGCUAGCAGCGCUACGCUUAAAUCAGAGGAGGCUUUCAACUUCUGCAAAUGGCAAACUGGAGCAAAACAACUUGGCAUAGCUCCUGACCGUUGGCUGCCAAUCACCAUCAUUUGAAUGGAUGUAGUGUUGCACUAUAAGAACAACAAAGACGGUCCAAGCGAUAUGGUCAUCUUCUCCGAGAGGGCACUGGAGGAUUUCACUCGCCGUAUACUGUCAGCCUUUGAGCCAUGGUUUCCAACGCAUAAGGACCUAUGUCUGCCCAUCAGACCUCAGAAGGCACCACCAGUCGUUCUGCCUGAGGAUUUAACGAGGCUGCACUCUCACCAGCCGUCUUCGGAGCCAUUGCUAUCGUCGACAGAACCACAGCCCACGUCUUCGCUCGGAGGGAACAAAAGAGAGAAACCUCAGGUGACACUUUCGGAAUGCACAGAUGCUAGCAACUCUGUCAAGACGUCAGAGGAGAUUGAAAACGCACCUAAGAAGUUUAGACGCUCAUGGAGUGUCUUCGCCCCAGGAGUAACAUUGAGCGGGAGCACCCAGACACUCUCCAAGCAGUUCCAAAAGGUUAUUGAAAGACACAGUCUUCAGCUGCACCAAAGAGCCAAAUGGAUUAUCAGCGAAGUGAACUGUGAACCGCGCGCCAUAGAAAGUGUCUGGGCAAAAGUAACUCGCGCCGUGUGCCACUCCAAGCUCCCAACAUGCAAUGCAAAUUUUCAAAGAAAUAUUGCGCAGAUAUGGCUGUUCUGCGAUGUCAUUUAUAGCGAAUAUAUUGGGAAUUUCCUCAUAACAGAGUUCCACCUGAAUGGACAAAUAAGUUUAGCCGUUCAUAAACAUGGCAAUAUAUUCAGGUGUUAGAUCUAUUUUAGAAUGUCUUUUUGGUGCUUUUUGAAUGAAUUAUAUAUGGAUGUAUAAAUAUUUUACA